UCUUUUUUUGUAGAUCUUUGUACUGCCUGAGCCUUCUCUAGAACAUCUUAGUAACUGCUCCUAAUGGGGCUUCUAAGAGAGGCUCACUAAGAUUUCUGAUCAUCCACCUUCUUGUUUCCCUUGUUUUCUUUACAUUGGGUCUUUGCAUGUUUGUUUUCUUAUUAGCUCUCUUUCCUUUGUAGAAUGUAGGCUCCUUUAGGCAGAGAAUCUAGACGUGUGUGUGUAUGUGUGUGUGUGUGUGUGUGUAGGGGGAAACUGGGUUUUGCAAAACAGGCACUCUGCUGCUUGAGCCACUCCUCCAUUCGUGGGGCAGAGAGGCUGUUUUGUUCACCUGUGAAUUCCCCAGCACUUAGCCCUUGCCUGCCUGGCUGAUGGUAUCGUGGCGUCGAUUAGCAAGGUACAAGUAACAGAACCAUGGCUCAGUUUCCCACGCCUUUUGGUGGCAGCCUGGAUAUCUGGGCCAUAACUGUAGAGGAAAGAGCGAAGCACGACCAGCAGUUCCACAGUUUAAAGCCAAUAUCUGGAUUUAUCACGGGUGAUCAAGCAAGGAACUUUUUUUUUCAAUCCGGGUUACCUCAACCUGUCUUAGCACAGAUAUGGGCACUAGCUGACAUGAAUAAUGAUGGACGAAUGGAUCAAGUGGAGUUUUCCAUAGCUAUGAAGCUUAUCAAACUGAAGCUACAAGGAUAUCAGCUCCCCUCUGCACUUCCCCCUGUCAUGAAACAGCAACCAGUUGCUAUUUCUAGUGCACCAGCAUUUGGUAUAGGAGGCAUCGCCAGCAUGCCACCACUUACAGCUGUUGCUCCAGUGCCAAUGGGAUCCAUCCCAGUUGUUGGAAUGUCUCCACCUUUAGUACCGUCGGUUCCUCCAACAGCAGUGCCUCCCCUGGCUAACGGGGCUCCCCCUGUCAUACAGCCUCUGCCUGCAUUUGCUCAUCCUGCAGCGACAUUGCCAAAGAGUUCCUCCUUCAGUAGAUCUGGUCCAGGGUCACAAUUAAACACUAAAUUACAGAAGGCACAAUCAUUUGAUGUGGCCAGUGUCCCUCCAGCAGCAGAAUGGGCUGUGCCUCAGUCAUCGAGACUGAAAUACAGGCAGUUGUUCAAUAGUAAUGACAAAACCAUGAGUGGACACUUAACAGGGCCCCAAGCAAGAACUAUUCUUAUGCAAUCAAGCUUACCACAGGCUCAGCUGGCUUCAAUAUGGAAUCUUUCUGACAUUGAUCAAGAUGGAAAACUUACAGCAGAAGAAUUUAUCCUGGCUAUGCAUCUAAUUGAUGUUGCUAUGUCUGGCCAACCACUGCCACCUGUCCUGCCUCCAGAAUACAUUCCACCAUCCUUUAGGAGAGUUCGAUCAGGCAGUGGGAUAUCUGUCAUAAGUUCAGCAUCUGUAGAUCAGAGGUUACCAGAGGAACCAGCUUUAGAAGAUGAACAGCAACAAUUAGAAAAGAAAUUACCUGUGACCUUUGAAGAUAAGAAGCGGGAGAAUUUUGAACGUGGGAAUCUGGAGCUGGAGAAACGCAGGCAAGCUCUUCUGGAGCAGCAGCGCAAAGAGCAAGAGCGCCUGGCUCAGCUGGAGCGGGCCGAGCAGGAAAGGAAGGAGAGGGAGCGCCAGGAGCAAGAGCGCAAAAGACAGCUGGAGUUGGAGAAGCAGCUGGAAAAGCAGCGGGAGCUGGAACGGCAGAGAGAGGAGGAGAGGAGGAAGGAAAUUGAGAGGCGGGAGGCUGCAAAGCGGGAACUCGAACGGCAACGGCAACUUGAAUGGGAACGGAAUCGAAGGCAAGAACUUCUAAAUCAACGAAACAAAGAACAGGAGGACAUAGUUGUACUGAAAGCAAAGAAAAAGACCUUGGAAUUUGAAUUAGAAGCUCUAAAUGAUAAAAAGCAUCAACUAGAAGGAAAACUUCAAGAUAUCAGAUGUCGAUUGACCACCCAAAGGCAAGAAAUUGAAAGCACAAACAAAUCUAGAGAGCUGAGAAUUGCUGAAAUCACCCACUUACAGCAACAAUUACAGGAAUCUCAGCAAAUGCUUGGAAGGCUUAUUCCAGAAAAACAGAUACUCAAUGACCAAUUAAAACAAGUUCAGCAGAACAGUUUGCACCGAGAUUCACUUCUUACACUCAAAAGAGCCUUAGAAGCAAAAGAAAUCUCCCGGCAGCAGCUACGAGACCAACUGGAUGAAGUAGAAAAAGAAACUAGGUCAAAGCUGCAGGAGAUAGAUAUUUUCAAUAACCAGCUGAAGGAACUAAGAGAAAUACAUAAUAAACAGCAACUCCAGAAGCAGAAGUCUAUAGAGGCUGAACGACUGAAACAGAAGGAGCAGGAGCGAAAGAUCAUAGAAUUAGGAAAGCAAAAAGAAGAAGCCCAAAGACGAGCUCAGGAAAGAGACAAGCAGUGGCUGGAGCAGGUGCAUCAGGAGGAUGAACAUCAGCGGCUGAGAAAAGUCCAUGAGGAGGACAAGUUAAAAAGGGAAGAGAGUGUCAAAAAGAAGGAGAGUGAGGAAAAAGGCAAACAGGAAGCACAAGACAAGCUGAGUCGGCUCUUCCAUCCGCACCAAGAAACAGCUAAGCCAGCUGUCCAAGCACCCUGGUCCACUGCAGAAAAAGGCCCACUUACAAUUUCUGCACAGGAGAAUGUAAAAGUGGUGUAUUACCGGGCUUUGUACCCCUUCGAAUCCAGAAGUCAUGAUGAAAUCACUAUCCAACCAGGAGAUAUAGUCAUGGUAGAUGAAAGCCAAACUGGAGAACCAGGAUGGCUUGGUGGAGAAUUAAAAGGAAAGGCGGGAUGGUUCCCUGCAAACUAUGCAGAGAAGAUUCCAGAA